AACGAUCUGUUCCUGCUUAUCAUCAUAUAUUUAUCAGGGUCUGUGGCUUGCGUGCUUCGAUUACGGAAACAACUGCAAAAUUGGGCCAUAAAUUGUGUGUGCCUGUUGCACACUGCGCUAGUACUUUCUGCAGCUUGAAGAAUAAUUUUCGUUCUUAAGUGCAUGCAUCCGAAACCAGCUGAUGCAGUCUAAAAAUACGAGCUGAACUUUUGUAUAGCUGUGUCAUCAACUCACGCAAAAAAGUGAGUUGCACAUCGGAAUCCGAGCGGCACACCUCCAGCAAACACCAUGCAUCAGACGCGACAACCGACACCGGAAGCGCCUCCUAAAAAGGAGCUGAAGCCGACCCAACGAUCCACUGUUACCGUCGGCGCGGCAACAAUGAAAGCUGUCUUCUUGGAAUAUGUUCACGACCCCGAUUCAACGGCUGUGCAUUUAAAACUCCAAGAAGAAUGUAAGAGAUUGGGAAAGACAGCAAAUCUGAUGGAGCACUUCCCUGUAGGGGAAGCGAGCGUUUCGGUAGUUUCCUCCCUUAAGUAUUUGGCAAGACGGCAUGGUCUUUCAUCGUCGAUGGUGAAGUAUAUAAUUUCAAACUUACACUCAGUGCCGGAUAAUAAGCCGGAUAGUUCUAGCACAGCUUUCCUUAACCAGCAGAUCGCACAGUGCCUGAAAUACUGUUUAAAACACGAUCCAUCGAGUAUCAAAGCGGACGAAAUUAUAGCAGCUCUCUUUGCCGUGCUGAAUGCAGACGCCACGGAUGCCCUUGGCGACCAACCCUUGCACACUCGCGAAACCGUUUCGCAGCUGGUGCAGUGUCUCAUCCUGAAGAUCAGUGUCUGCAGUGCUGGUGAUGAAGCCGACCUGGAUCGUUUGGUCAAACUUGCAUUUAAAUACAUUCCAGCUGUAAAUGGUGAUACGAAAACCCGUUUGCAAGAUACGUUGCAGGCACGUGGUAUACCAUUAUCGGCAAAUAUUGGGAAGCCGCCUGCAGUCGCACCGAUGGACCUGGUCUGUGAAACAAGCAACUGGUCCAGCGGUCGGCUGAUUGCGAGCGGGCAGGAAAUGCUUGGACGAUACGUGUGCACGGGAAAAAAUGCGGUGAAAGCGGACGCUGUGAAGUCCCAACAAACCGUCACCACGGUGUACAAGGAGAACAUGUCGGAGAAAACGGAAUUACAGCAGAUUGAUUUGGCCAAAGCGCUGAACAGUAGCCGCGCCAGCAGCCGUGGAAACGUUCAGAAAAUGGAAAUCAACCCGGCGCUGAGCAACAAGGGCAGCAGUGUCCGUUCGUACUUUCGCACCACUGCGCAAGAAGUCAAUAAUCUGUCGGCCCGCGCACAGGCGAAUAUGGCUGUCUGUCAGGAUGACAUCGUGUAUCUAAAAGACAAAUUUUGCAAUGGUUACGUUGGGAAUUUGUGGGAAAGCCGCAUGACGACUUUUGCAAAUAUUGCUAUGACUUUUUCCAUCAUCGCUAAAAACCAGGUCGUGGAGGAUGCCACGCAACUCGAUCUGGCUAAGUCAGCGUUUGCCGCGUCACUGGACAAAGGCUACGAUGACUGCCGGUUAAAGUUUCUUAAAAUGUAUAAGCUCUGCGCCGAGCGAAAUAAUGGGAAAUUAUCGGAGAAUGUCGCAAAAAUACUGCUCAAAUUUCAGACGAAGAGCACUGAAUGUACGCGCGAUAUGAAGAAGACGUUGUGGGUUAUUUUGAAGAAAGACGACAACAAUUUACAAGCCAAUUUUGCCGCAGCCAUGGAGAUACUGCAUCAUGCAAAGGGAGAACAGGAUGAAAUCAUCCGAGAGAGCAUCGAAUAUAUCUGGGAGCAAGUGGUCCAUCCCGUUCGUGCUCUAAAUUUAGAAAAAAAUCUGUCUUUUUCGUCAACAUUGGCUGAUAUCUUGACCGGCCGGAACAGAGGCCAGUACGGGUUAAAAAUUGCUUCCUAGGUGGCCGCUAUCCUGAACGACUUCUUGGCAAAUGCGCCCAACCAGAUUCCCAGAGCUGUAUCAGCGGGAACUCUGAGCCUGCUGACCACGUUUAAAGAAUCCUCGUCAUUAUAUUACAACUGGAACAGGAAAGACUGUGAAUCGCUUCGAAAAAUGUAUGCAGAGAAUAUCAUUGGAAUUGUCCUUAAAACACUUAGCCAACCGAAAUUCACCUUCACUGACAGCAGUUCACAAAAGACCCUCCUGACGCUAGUGCAACUUGCGGUGGACCAGGAGACUGAUCGGCGCCUGGCCGCACAAAUUAUCGUUGUCGUCGGGAACUUGGUCAUUGAAAAGAAAGUGAGCCACAUACCCGGAGUUGAGCGGCUGGCCUCGCGAUUAAAUUUCAAUGACGCUCUCGAUGAAGACGGUGUAAUCUGGAUGGAUGCUGACCACAGUACAGCGGCCGUGGGUCUCCAGUACGUAUCGGCGGUUAUUGCUCAGAUGCUACUGCAGCUGAUCUUUCUCCAGAGGAAACCUUUGAACUGCAGCACCACCCUCGACGAAGGCAGGGUGUAAAAGGUGGCAGUGGCACUUGCCACUGGCAAUUGUCACUGGCACUGGCAGCGUAGUGGCAAGCGGUAAAACAUGGCAACUGGCAACCGCUGAAAAGCUAUGUUUUAUAGUAACUAAAGAAAUUAUAAAACUGCAAUCAUCAGAUUACUAAAAAUACCGUUCUUAUUUUCAACUUCACUCAUUACUAGAUUUUCAUGGACAUCUUCUGCGUCUGAUGUGGUAGAAUUACAGAAUCGUCAUCGUAGAUCCGUACUACAAAAUCGCAGUUACAAAAGGAACUGCUUAUGUUCUUACUAGAAGUAUUUGUAAUCUAUGAUACCCAGAUUCGAAAAUGAGACAAUUCAAAACUCUGUGGCCUGGGAUAUAACAAAAUCAGCCUCAACCGUACCAUUGUUUUGGUAGCCGGGUGCCGGGCACAG